AAAUUGAUAGUCAAUUCGAGGAUUUAGAUAUUAGGAUCUGAUUGAGGGAGAUGAGAAGAGAAAAUGAUGUUGGUGAAGCUAAUGGGUCGAUUCUUGAGGAGACGGAAAGCGUGAUUAUUGUGUUUGGAGAAGGUAAUAAUGUUGUCAAUAUCUCGCCGGAGAACUGUGGGGAUUGCGUCUUGACGGAGACGGCGGUGCCCUCGGUGAAAAUCAGAGUUUUGCGUUUUGAAGAUAGAGGCGGCUAUGGAGAUCUAGCAAGGAUCAGAAGAAGAUGAAUCUCGUCACAGGUAGAAGAUGAUGAAGAAGAGUUGCGAUGAUGUAUAAAUAUAGGUGUUAGUGUAAA